AUGUAAGGACAUUGUGAACCUACUUUAAAAUGUUUAUCAUGUUGAUAUGUUUUUUGUUGUGCUGUCAGUUGUCAUGCUGUCAGAUGGGUGCAGCAAGUUUGACUGCAACGAAAUAUCGUAACUAGGCUGCGUACUUUUCAAGCUUACCGAAGACACCACCCAAUAAUGCGACACCUAGUGUUUGAACAAUUAAACCGGAUGGAAUAUUCCAAUAUUCAAAUUUAUUACGCAGUAACAUACCAAAUUGCGUCGUAGAGAAUAAAUCGGUGCAGUAUUGUUUUAAGAAUAACGAGAAAUGACUAUUGCAAUAAAAUCUCUCUCUUAAAUCAGACAAUAGAUGAGAUUAGCGCCGCAGCGAUUAGGGUCUGCCCAAUCUAACUCGCGUCGGGCUCAUCAUUAUUGUGGAGUGCGUAGUACCAAUCAGUUGGAAGAUUGAAAGUGUAAUUCCAAAUUUAAAUCAAGUGAAUUCUUAGUACUUUUUACUAAACUCGAAUUUUUUAAGAUAAAUUUGUCGAGUGUGAUAAGAGUUGGUAGAGAAAUACCAUUUGUGCUUUGAUAUUGUAGUGUGUCCUAAAUUCAGGACCAUCAAGCCCGUCAACGUGGGCGGUUAGUGCGGAGUGACUACGGUCCGGCGUCUGCGUGAGCUACGUGCGUCGUAGUUUGAAUCGCCAACCGACGGUACGCCUAGAGGACGUCGAUUGAUCCGUUCGUCCAGUGCAUCCUGGUUGGAUCGAAAGCUCACCUCUCGUCACCUUGCUGUUGCGACAGCCGCAUGCAACAUAAAUCUGCGCGUGUGACACGACUCGUACGCCAAUAAGUCGCGUGGUGUCGACCGUGUUCUCUCAAAACGGAAACACUCCACAGAACUAGGGGAUAUCUGUACCCCGAAAAGGACACCUGCGCGCGAGUCUGGUGAGUGGUGCACUUGGUUGGAUCCGUGGCAAGACGACUUUGACGCACUGGUGGGUGAAUUUGGCUUUGCAGUAACCGUUGGAGGACAGUGCCGCGUCGAGAGUUUGGCCGUGUCUUCUGCAAACUUGAGGACAUCCGACGCGGGAUUCUCCGAAGAAAAGGUCAGAUCUGUCCUUUAGUUGCUCGAAAAGUUUCUAGAAACAAAUGCAAUUAUUUGAACAAGAAUUAAAACGUGACGUCACACACGGUUAGGAAUUAGGCUUUCCUUAAUUUAAUAAAUUAAAAUCUAAAUAUUGCUCGAUCAUUCCUCGAUAAAUUGAUCGCUUUUUUGUUACUUCGUGAUCGUUAAUUUUUUGAACUGAAUAAAAAUUACUUCUAGUUUAGAACACACUCCAUUUUGCCUACGUCACGAAUAUUUUUAUUAGAUUUAAGGUUGGUAUUUUCCUAUUAGUUGCUAAGCUUCUUUCUUAUUGUUUGAUUUUUGGGAUUUGUACAUAUUUUUCAUAGUUUUUAGAUUGGUUGGUAAGUACUGAUUGGUUUAUUGGCUACGACGUUUUGGUGUGUUGAAGUGCGACUUCGGUUCUGGUGGAACUUAAACCUGCCCUGAGUUGGCAGUCUCAUCCGGGUAAAACUUAGCAGAGCUAACGGUCCUUCUUUAGAGGAGGUGGCGCUUAAGCCGCUAGCUUUUGGAACAGGACGGAAUGUUACAUUUUGGCGCCCAACGUGGGGCCCGAAGUUGAUUAGAAUUUGCCAAUAUUUGAAGUGUGAUAGGUAUUUUUCGAAUUGGUUGAUUGAAUAAUCAGUCUGUUUGGAAUCUAGAAGUUAAGAAAUUUGGUUAGGUUUAUUGAAUUUGGUUGGUUUUGGUUAGAUCUAAGAAUUGAAUUCGAAAUUAGUUUAAAAUUUGAAUAAUUAGUUGAAUAAGUUGAAUUUGAAUUAUUUUUCCUCUACUUUUGCUAAGUUUUGAGCAAAUUUGCUUGAACUCACAAACAAUUUCCAAAUAGUGCUGUAAUAAAGUUGAAUUGUUUUGUUUCUGCUGUCAAUUUCGCGGUUGUCAAAGAGUUUGUGAUUGGUUUUGUGGUUGGAACAGGAAUAAUAUGAACCUAACUGAGUUUGAUAGUGAUAAAAAGUAAAUUUUCAUAAUGGAGUGGUACCGAAUCUAUGCCGAUGACCUCGAUAACGAAGAGCUGGACUAUGAGCUGGCAAUUCGCGCAUGUCCUCUUGUAGGCGGCCAGGAGACGCGUCGAAGGGAAUUGAGGAACCUUCUCCGUGGUCCGAAUUCGUCGAGAACGCUGGUCGUUGCCGAUCACAUGAUGCAGGCGGAUCUCGAGAUAGUACCGUACAAGCUGCAAGAAAUCGAAAGGAUUAUGAUUGAUGAAUCGAGCAGAGGUAUGCUGUCGAGAUUGGUCCAUUACCAUCAGAGAGUUCGUCGUUACGUCCCGCAUAAUCCAGUAGAGCUCGAGAAUCGUCGACGUUUGUUGGAGUUGGUCGAUGAUUUGGCCAGAAGGUACUUCCAGGUGGACUUCCGUAUGAUGGAGACUCCAGUACCGCAGGACGAAAUCAGGGACUUACCGGCAGCGAACUCGCCGCGGUUUAUCAUGCAGCCACCGGAUGCCAUACGUCCAGGAGAUGGUGAACAGGUUAGAAGUGGCUCGUUGAUGAAUCCCGGUCGGCCGAAUUCCACAGGCUCGAUAAAUUUGGAAGGUGCAGUGGGCGGUGAUAUCGGAUCCGUUUCAGUAAAUCGUCAGCCGGCACUGAACAAUCCCGAACCAGCAGUGGUGCAUCCUAGACCAGAAGGAGGUGCAUUCCAUUUGUGGCGUACCGGAGGUUCCCAGCCGCAGUACACAGGAGCGAUUCCUCGUGCUGCUAGACCAUCCGCUCCGGACUUUGUACAGUCGCCACCGCAGAUGGUUUCGUCGGUUAAUUUCAAUCUACAAAAUCCACAAGGCCCUGUACGCAGCAUUCCUAAUUCGUAUCCAGCCCAAGAGAUCAUCGAGAAUCAUCAGCAAUUCAGACGCCAACCGCAGGAAGUUCUGUCGCAGCCGAGGAGUGAUCAGCGUCCUCAAGGAGGCGAUGAGGUGCGUCAGACACCGAGGAUAGCGGCUGAAAACAUAAACAUGAAUGAGUACGUGCAUUGUUCACAGAUCGAGGCUUAUGUGAAGAGAUGUGUGGAGCAGAUAACCCAGCAAGGAACAAGAUAUUCUAUUGGACAAGACAAUUUGAUGAACAACUUGGCAGAUGAAGUCGCGCAAGUGCGUUUCGCGGACCAGGAGGUGCAGAACAGUCUACCAAACCAAAUAAUUCCACCGCAGUUGAUGAAUUUGCGUGAACCGAGCCCGCCUCUUCAACUAAGUGGAUCUCGUCCGGAUGCUCGGAGUACACCGAGACAAAAUACCGCGAAUCUGCAUCGAACUUUUGCAGCUGAAGGAGAUCGAUUUGUUCCAGUUCAGUUGGGAAACAUUCUUAAUCCUAGACCGGCCGUAGCAUCACCUGGGAUACCAAGAUACCAACCUGAUGUCGAUGGCUAUCGUGGAAAUCUACCGCCAAGAAGACAACCCCAUCAACAGUGUGCGAUCAUCGAGAAGUGGCCAAAAUUCACCGGAGAUACGAAUACCGUUCCCGUUACCGACUUUUUAAGGCAGAUCGACAUUCUAUGCCGAUCGUACGAUAUCAGCAAGCAGGAGCUCCGUAUGCACGCCCAUCUUUUGUUUAAGGACAACGCUUAUGUUUGGUACACGACAUACGAGGAGAAGUUCAAUUCGUGGGAAACGCUGGAAGUCUAUCUCAAAAUGAGAUACGACAAUCCUAACAGAGACAGGCUGAUACGCGAAGAGAUGCGCAAUCGUAAGCAGCGCCCGAACGAGCUCUUCAGUGCUUUCUUAGCCGAUAUGGAGAUGUUAGCUCAACGUAUGAUCCGGAAAAUGUCAGAAGCCGAGAAAUUUGAGAUGAUAGUUGAGAACAUGAAACUCUCGUACAAGCGGCGUCUAGCGUUGGAGCCAAUUCAGUCGAUAGACCAUUUGGCCCAGAUGUGCUACAAAUUUGACGCGCUUGAGAGUAAUUUGUAUCAGGUUUACAACCAGUCAAAGUCUGUACACCAUGUCGCGUUGGAAGAUGAGGGAAACGAGGAUUAUUUGGAUGCUUCAGAAGCCGAAGUUUAUGCGCUGCGUUCCAAGAUGAUGCAAAACCGAAAUAGAGCACCAGGGAAGACAGCUUCGGAAACCAAGUCUUCCAAUGAGCAAAAACCAUCGGAAAUGACUUGCUGGAACUGCAAUACGGCGGGUCAUCUAUGGCGCGAUUGUGAUAAACGGAAGAGAAUCUUCUGUCAUAUUUGCGGAAUGAUGGACACAACGGCGUUCAAGUGUCCAAACCAGCAUAACCUUCGUUACGAAGACGAAGAGCCAAAAAACGAGUAGUUGAGGACGAUUCUGGGAAUCAUUGUCCUCCUACGAGUGAUGUGAAGAUUCCCAACGCUGUAUUUUCCUACUUUGAACGAGUUUUUCAAAUCAACACUUCCGUUUCCCGAUGCCCGCAUUUGAAGGUCAGAAUAUUGUCAGAAGAAAUCGAAGGAUUAGCCGAUACUGGAGCCAGUAUUUCAAUCAUCAGCGCCUUAGACUUAAUCGAAAAGCUAGGACUCCAAAUUCAUCCAGUGCCUCUCCAAGUUAAAACCGCUGAUGGAACUGGAUACCACUGUCACGGAUACGUCAACGUCCCAUUUUCAUUCGGGAAUGUCACCCAUGUUCUUCCAACAAUCAUCGUUCCAGAAAUUACCAAGAAGCUCAUAUUGGGAAUGGACUUUCUUAAUAAGUUUGGUUUCCGUUUGACCGCCUCUAAGAACGAAUCAGUGUCCAACAGCUCUUCAGAAACCGUUUUGCCUGAAAUAAAUCAACUAGACGUUGGCUUCGUGGAAGACUAUUUUGGGAAUAACAACGAGACGAUUUGCUUCGAAUUACUUCCUUGCGAAGUAAACGAAACGCCUAAAAUUGAGUUGGAUCCAAGUUUGGAAAUGCCCACGGUGGAAAUUCCAGAAUCGCACAUGCACCAUGCCGAAGAUUUGCAAACGGAACACCCUCUGAGUGAGGCGGAACGGCAAAUGCUCUUUGAUGCUGUCCAGACUCUCCCUGCGACAAAGGAAGGACAAUUAGGGAGAACAGCUCUAUUAAAACACCAAAUCGACCUUGUUCCAGGAGCAAAACCAAAGAAAUUUCCUUCCUAUCGUUGGUCCCCGUCAGUUGAAAGCGUAAUCGAUGCAGAGGUUGAGAGAAUGAAGAAGUUAGGCGUCAUUGAAGAAUGUCCUCAAGCCGUUGAUUUCCUGAACCCAUUACUACCCAUCAAAAAAGCCAAUGGGAAAUGGCGCAUAUGCCUUGACUCACGAAGGUUGAA